GUGACGCGUCUAGAGGUUCUGUACACAAAUAUCACGGGCUACUUCAAUUCUUUUUUCCUCGAGAUGUAACCAUUCUUUCACAUCGGACCUAGGGAACAUUUUCUCCAGAUAUCGCCCUGAUAGUCUGAAUUAGCACCUCUUGUCUUGAUGGCGUGUUUUGUGCCAGUCUGACUGAUUGAGAACGAAAGAGAGCGCAGUCAGGAUGAGCGGCGUGGCGCUCGCGCUGGAGGUGGUGGUGGUAUUCUUCCUCGCGCUCUUCCUCCUGCAUCGCUAUGGAGAUUUCCGCAAACAGCAUCGGAUGGUGCUGUUCGCCACCCUCCUCGCCUGGUUCCUGUGCUUCCUCAUUGUCUUCACCCUUCCGCUGGACGUCAGCACGACCAUUUAUAACCAAUGUAAGAUUGAUAAUCAAGUCCACCUGGUGGCUAGCAACACUUUCAACCUUGAUAAUACUUCCAACUCCUCUGUAUCUCCAACACAAAGGGUGACGAAGACUUGUCACAUGCCUUGGAGUUACAUCCCAGAUGGAAUUCUCCCAGUGUUCUGGAGAGUGGUGUACUGGACAUCACAGUUUCUAACAUGGCUCUUGAUUCCCUUCAUGCAGUCGUACGCACGUUCAGGUGGUUUCUCCAUCUCGGGGAAGAUAAAAACGGCCCUGAUUGAAAACGCCAUUUAUUAUGGCACAUACCUGUUUAUCUUCUGCUCUCUGCUCAUCUACGUCGCCGUCAGUCCGCAGUGGCACCUUUCCUGGUAUGACUUGCGAACGAUUGGCAUUACCGCAGCCAAUACCUGGGGUCUGUUCCUACUGGUGCUGUUGCUAGGAUACGGUCUGGUGGAAAUCCCACGCUCUUAUUGGAGGGCAUCGUGCCAUGGGCAACUGCUGGCAAAGACGUAUUUUAAAGCAGCAAAACUGAUGACGGAGAAAGCCGACGCAGAGGAAAACCUGGAGGAUGUCAUGGAGGAAGUCAGAACAAUUAAUGAGACAAUCAAAUACAAUCAUCCUCUGAGAAAAUGCAUUGACACGAUUCUGAGAAAGUGUCCUUUUGACUACCAGGAAAAGUUGGGCAGGAACAUGGAUGAUUAUGAGGACUUUGAUGACAAGGGAAACCCUUAUCCUAGUAAAAAGAGUUUAGUCAAACUGCAUAAACAGGUGAUCUAUGCUGUCCAGAGGCAUAACCGCACACAGGUGCAGUGGCAGAUUCUAUUGGACGAGGCUUUUCACUUGGAGGAUGUGGCCAAAAAUGAGACAAGCUCCACCCACCAGUUCAUUCGCAGCUUACCCUCUGCCGAGCCACUUGGAUGGAACAGCAAGUACCUGUACACUCCCACUGUGGAGUGGUAUUGGGAAUGUGUGUUCCGCCGCUGGUGUUAUCGUGUGCUGGCUGUGGUUCUGUGUGUGUUCUCUGCUGCAGUGGUCUGGUCUGAGUGCACUUUCUUCAGCACACAGCCUGUUCUGUCACUGUUUGCCAUCUUCAUCCAGCUCGCAGAGAGAGACUACAACUACGUUUAUAUAGAGAUGGCGUGUUUUGUCACCAUAUUCUUCCUGUGCUACUGCGUGUACUCCACCGUGUUCCGAAUCCGAGUCUUUAACUAUUACUACCUGGCUCCUCACCAUCAGACGGAUGCCUACAGUCUACAGUUCAGCGGCAUGUUAUUUUGUCGUUUGACGCCUCCGCUGUGUCUGAAUUUUCUGGGAGUGAUUCACAUGGAUUCCACCAUCUCACACCAGCAGAGACAGCAGACAGUGUACAAUUCAAUAAUGGGAUCCAUGCAGGUCCUGUCUUUCAUCGCUAAUGGUUUUUAUAUCUACUACCCCAUGCUCAUUGUUUUGCUCUGCAUUGCAACUUACUUCAGUUUGGGUACACGCUGUCUGAAUUUGCUGGGCUUUCAGCAGUUUAUGGGGGAGAACGAUCUGACCUCUGACCUUGUGGACGAGGGGAGAGAACUCAUCCGUAGAGAGAGGAGGAAACGGCAGAGAACAGAAGAUGGAGAGAGCAGGCGAAGAGAAUGGAGGGAGCGCUAUAGUGACCAGAAGGAGAGAUACAGAGGGAGGAAUAAAAGUGCAUACUCAGAGCUGAAGGAGGCAGACAGUUCCAGCACAGACUCUGGCAAAGCUCAGUCUCGAAGAGAUCAUGGCGACAAUGCUGAGUUACUACAGGAUGUUGAACCACUGGACUUCAAUGGGGAUGAACCUCUGGAGACAGACAACAGGAGGUAUGCUGGAGGGCAUUACCUCUCUACCUCUGCAUCUCGUACCCACAUCUUUGAUGAUGUAUGAGAACAAGGAAAGCAAGGAUCUGUUUGCACUUUUGUACUUUAAACUCUUCCUGAAGUGUCCAGUGAGGGACUGCAGCUAAAGGUUUUGUGUGUCUUUCUGUAAUGUGUUUUGCAUUGUGUGAAUGUGCCGCCUUGAUCCUUAAAGUUUUAGUUCAUCGAAAAAUGGAAAUUCUGUCAUCUGUUUACUUGCACUUAUGUCAUUGCAAACCCAUAUGACUAUAUUAAUGUGAGGCGUAAUGUACACACUGUUGGUGUAGAAGGACACUGUCAAGGUCGUCCUUGUUCACUAUUCACUAGGUGGUAGAGCGGAGUCGGCUGCUAAUCUUAAGGUUGGCGGUUCAAUUCCCGGCCCACAUGACUCCAAAGUGUCCAUGGGGAAGACACUGAACCCCAAGUUGCUCCCAAUGGAAGGCUAGCACCUUGAAUGGCAGCUCUGCCACCAUUGGUGUGAAUGGGACACAGUGUAAACCGCUUUGGUAACCUCUAAGGUUAAAGAAAGGCGCUAUAUAAGUGCAAACCAUUUUCCAUUCUCUCUGCCAUAGCUCUCAAAUCUCAUUCGAGUUCACAUUUGGUGCCAGUUUUGAUGUUAAUGAAAGAUCCACAAUAUUGUUGGUUCUCUAAUAUCUCCUGACAGAUCAUGUUAGGACAGGAGAUUUGAGAGCUGUCGCAGAGGGGAAGAUUUUCAGUGAAUAAUUAUUACAAUUUCUUAUCAGUGUCAGAAAUUAACUUUUGCAUUAAGGGGCAUAUCAUUUUAUAACCAUUUUAAACUAACUGUGUCUCAUUCGUUUAUGGAUGAAAUUGUCAAUUUAAACGAUUAAUUUAUUACAAUUCUCACGACUGAUAAUUUAUUACUCUAAGAACAACUCACAUUUUAUGCCAUAUUUCUAACUAAGAAUAAAAUAAAAUAUUAAGAACAAUAUUAGUUAUUACAAAUAAAAAAGGGGGCAUUUUUUGCCCCCGCAUUCAAAAUUUUGUGGGAAUUUUUACACCAAGUGCCCCUGAAUUUCUGGAAAUUUCUGGAAAUUUCCGGAAUAGCGCACAAGUCAUAUUGACUACUUUUACGGGACCUUUUUGAAACGUGACAGCCUGUGGUCACUAAAUGCUUUCGUUGUAUUAAAAAGUGCAGCAUGGACUUUCUUUAAAAUGAUGCCUUCUGUGUUCCACAGAAGAAAGUAAGUCACACAAGUUUGGAGUGGCAUAUGGGUGAGUAAAUAAUGACAAUGUUUUUUGGGGUCAACUAAUUCUUUAGACCUCUCAUGGCCCCUUUACUUCCGGAUGAAGCCAAAAUAUCAAACAUUACAUACACAGAUGUAAUGUGUGCAGUGCUCACUUCAAGCCAAUGAUGAUUGUUUUUUUGUUGUAUUUUGAAAGAGUGAUUAUUAUUAUUAUUAUUAUUAUUACAGGUUGUGGCUGAAAAUGGAAAUGUAUAAGGGUUCCAUUACUUUUAGAAUUAUCUUUGAGAAUGCAUAAGGUUCCAGUGGUGCCUGUACUACCCUAAACGGUUACCUGCUUUGACCUCUGACCUUUCCACCUCAGAAUGAUAACUUGUUUGACCAGUACAUCAUAUACAACAGUAAAUUGUAUGUUUUAUUUCAUUAUUUAGUGUUUUAAAAAUGGUGUACCUGAAAUGAAAAUUGUAUCAUCAUGUGCUCAAGAGAUAAGCAGAAUGAUUAGUCUCAGUCACCAUUCUCUUUCAUUGUAUGGAAAAUAAAAAGAAGUCAAAAUGAAUGAUGACGGAGGCUAUCGGUCCAUAACAUUCUGCCUAAUAUCUACAGUACUUUUGUGUUCCACAGAAGAAAGUUAUAUGGGUUUGACAGAAUUUUCUUUGUUAGAUGAACUAUCAAUUUAACAGAUUAUAAAAUUCAGGAAAAUAUUCAGAAAAUGUCUAAUCCUGGUUUAACCAUUCUUCAAAAAAACUAAUUCUGUUUUACUUUUUCAUUUAUGUUCUAUUUAUUUACAAAUGUCUUUAAAUGAAUUAAUAUGAAAUAACUUCUCAGUGCUAAUGAAGGAUGAAUUAUUUGGGGAUGACACACAAAUCUUUAUAGCAGCUACGUGUUAAUUCCUCCAACUUUGUUUGUGUAAUUGUUCGAUUGGGUUUUCUGUAAUACCUCAAAUAAAAAUACCUGAGAU